UGUACUGUAAACCAAAAACCCUGUUUAAACCGAAUGAAACGUUACUAUAGCACUUGCCCGGCUGGGAUGAAGGUCACAAUUUGCGGCGCUGCAGGAUGUACAGGACAACCCCUAGCAUUGUUGUUGAAACAGUGUCCAUUAUUAGACGAGAUAGCGUUGUACGAUGUCUGUGCAACAUGUGGCUACGGUAUGGAGCUAAGUCAUGUUGAUACCAAGUGCAAAGUGUCUUCGUUUUCUGGACGUCACAUGCUCUGUGAUGCUCUUAAGGGUGCAAAAGUUGUGGUUAUAGUUGCAAGAAAUCAAUGCGACACUUUUGAAAAUAACGCUCCGGUCGUAACAGAAAUCGCUUUACAAAUGUGUAAUACUUGCCCUGAUGCUUUUACGAUAGUAGCGACUGAACCCAUAGAAAGUUUGGUCCCGCUCGUUAGUGAGAUUCAAAGACUGCGUGCAACGUACAAUCCGCGACUACUUCUGGGUUGUGUCGAGUUAAACUGCGUUCGAGCAAACACUGUUUUAGCGGAUUUUCUCCGGGUACCUCCUGAAUCAGUUCGUGUUCCUGUAAUUGGCGGAGCUACGUCUAAAACCAUGGUCCCGGUGUUGUCCGCUGCUGUUCAUCCGGGUACACUAACACAGGAACAGACUGAGUGUGUAACAUCGGCUAUAAUGAAUGGACAAGAGACAGUGUGUGCGGCAAAAGGCUCGAGUACUGAAACUGCAUGCCUGGCAGGCGCUUACGCUGUCGCAAGAAACACUAUAAACGUUGUGAAGGGCUUGCAAGGAGGCAGAAAUAUUGUACAAUGCGCAUACGUGGACAGCCUUGGAACAUGCGCGCCUGAUUGCCAAUUUUUUGCCAGCGAGGUUAAUUUAGGACCUUCUGGUAUAGAAAAGAACUUAGGUAUUCCAGAAUUAUCCAAGUUCGAGAAUUGUCUACUGUUCAACUGCUUGCCGUACGUUCGUAACGAGAUUGGUCGUGCUAUAUGGCUGGUUUACACAAUGUGUAAUCAAUGCUGUUGUUCAACUUGCGUGGCACAUCCGUGCACGUGCUUUACGCCUCCAAUCGUCCCUUGUGUGCCGCCUUCCGUCUGGACCUGUGAUUGCCCUGACUCCUGUCGAGAUGAAUAUCUGGCUUCCAUAUGCCGUGAAAUGAGCUGUAAAUGUGGAAGUACGGAGUUGUGCUGGAGACCUCGUGAAGCUGACUACAACGCGGCGCGGGCUGCUAACUUAAAACACCAAAUGCCACUUAAGGGCCUGUCGUGCAAUGUUUACAACGUGCCCAGAAGCGUGCGAAUUGAACAAGCAAUAAGAAAUCAAGUAAAAGAUUCUUAACUAGCAAAAAAUAUGUCUUGUAAUGCAAAUAAUUCCUUUGUAUAAAAUGACGUGUAUAAGACAAUUUUUUUAUUUAAAAGUUUUUAAGAUAUAACAUUUAUUUGAUAAUUUUAUUAAUAAAUGAACAAUGUAAUUUUUAUAACAAGUAAAAAUUUUGUUUUUGUUUUAAAUCUGGAUUACGAAUAAAAUAAGCUCUUGACUUUCCUUGUAA